ACUAAUGACGCGUGUCCAACAACAAAAGGAGCAUGAUCUACGCCAGAGAUAUCCAGAUUUAUAUAAACCAAAACCCGUACGGACCAUAAAAGUACUUCUUCAAAACCCAUUCACAAAAUUCAAAUAAUUCAAAAUACAAUCACCAUGUCUGAACAAAAACCAGACAUCAUCUCUAGCUUACCACUAGAGCUUCUCCUCUACAUCAUCAGCUUCCUCCCUUUCGACUCCGCAAGACUAACCCCUUUCGUCUCCACACGGUUUAGGUCCGUUUGGAACCAAGCCUUACUCGUUGCACACACCCAUAACGGCUCCAUCGAGUCAAUCUCUCGCUUCAUCCACAACUUCGACGAGCAUGUUCCGUCUAAAAACACUCGGAAGCUGGAGUUACACCUCGACAAGUCAACCUUCGUGUCAACCAUCCUCGCACCUAAUAACGUCAUGCAUAUGAGUUUCUUCUUCUCUGAUGGUUCCAAGGAAGAAGAUAGCUUCUGCUGGUGUAUUGAGACUAACGAUCAUAUCCCAAGACGUGUCGAGUCGAGAGGUUUCUUGGUGAAGACGCUUUGUUUAGACUCGGUGUAUUCUUUAACACAUGAUGUCGUUUCCUCCAUGGUGUUGGAUUUUUCUUGGCUUGAGAACCUCAAGAUUUGUGGUUGCAAAGGGUUGACUUCUCUCACUAUAGAUUCACCAACUAAGCUUAUUCACUUGUCGAUCUCGGGUUGCCCGAAGCUGAGAUGUCUCGAUAUAAGAUCAUCUAAGCUUAAAACUCUUCAUUACCAAGGGUUUCUACCUACGAUCAAGAUCCAUGAACAUUUUAACUUGACCAAUGCGGUUUUCGACGUAAGACAAGGCCCAAGAUAUUGCAACAAUGAUUUAGACAUCGGUCCUCUCUUGCUGAUCAUCAAGAAUUCUCAAUCUCUUACACUUUGUAGAUGGAUGUUCGAGGAACUAAUCAAACCAUCUAUAUCCUCUUCUUGGACAUCAUUCAAAUUCUACAAGUUACAUGAGUUGCGGUGGAUUGAUAACUCGAUGAAACAAGAAAAGACCAAUUCACUAAUCUCUUUUCUUAAACUUUGUCCUUCUGUCGAGCGCAUCUUCAUUACCAUCGAUUCAAAUACUUAUAGUUCAAAGGAAGAAACGAGUGUUGAUAUUGACUAUGGGAGCAAUCAUGCAAGAGUACCAAGGAACUUAGAACUGGUCAAGUUGGAAGGAUCAAAGAGUGAAGAGGAUAAGAAUCAACUGAUAUUGGCUCUACAGGAGAUAGUUAACAUUGAUCAGCCUCUGCUUAUACUGUCUUCAUUUUCUUGAAAUCAACUCCGAUUAGGAACGGGGCCACUUAAGAUUUAUGUCUAAAUUUACACGCAUGGGCAUGCUUUAAUUAAGUUUCUGCCACUCGUGGGUUUAUAUUUCUUGCUGUACAAGAAAACCUCGUCAAAGUAAAACUCAAACUCGGCUGUUUUGUCAUGAUUCACCGAUUAAUGAGUUUCACCUGCAAGUAAUAUUAUUCUGUGUAUUGUGACAUCUGACAUAAAAAACAUAGAUGUUGGCAGCAAAGACACCAACAUUGAUUUCACAUGUGUAUAUGUUAGUAAUAGGAGUUGUGUUAAUUGAUAAUUGUUUCUCAUAAACUUGCAACUUAAGCCUAUAAUGCCCAAAUAUCUAGUUUAGGUGAAAUAUCGUUUUCAAUCCAUGUGCGUGGCUUUUGUUCUUGACCUGUUCAAAAAAGGCAUGUAAUGAAAUUUCCUCUAUGUCAACCAAAGAAAAGCGUGCAUACCACAAGUCAUUCUUAAUAGAUUAGCCCCAAACCAAACCAUUUUGAUUACAUCAUAAUAGUUGAUCAUUUGAAAAAAAAACAAUCAGUCUAAUAAUCUUUUCGACUUUAACUCUAGAUUUGAUCGGGUUGACUAAAGGCCAAACAUUGUUUGGACAGUACCAACCCCAAAUGGCUCACACAUGACACAUGGAUGGUGCUAUUAUAAAACACUCAAAAUGACAGUCGAACAAAGACAACCAAGUGUCAAUACUAUAUAUAUCCGCAGAAAAAUAGAGAUACACAUAGCUUUUCGUUUCAAUUAUUCUAACUCUUAAGAUUGUAUUUCCAACUAUAAUCAACCAUACUAUAUUAUAGAUCGCCUCAACUACAUGUAUUCUAUUAGA